GCUCCACCCUCAGCCUCUCUCGGCCCCCUCCCUGAGUCCCAACCCCUAGCCCAGCCUCUGGCCUCUGAUGCCUUCUUAAGGAACCUGGGCCUCUCCUGCCCCAUCCCUAAACUUUAGCUUCCCAGCAAACAGGCUUCCCAAGCUCCUGCCCCUCCUCUCAGGCCUUUCUAGUCUCCACAACCAGCUGCUAAGCCUGGCCAGGCCUCCUGCUCCUUCCCACCUACCGCCUCCCACAGACCAAGAGACACCAGGCCUCCUAUUCUACCUGGUUCUUCCCCCGCCCCGCCCCCAUGGAGCCCCCGGGACUGGUUGUGCACGGGGAGGCUGCACCCUUUUCCACGGCACUCCGAAGCCUUCUCAACAAUCCCCAGUACAGUGAUGUUUGCUUUGUGGUCGGUCAAGAACGGCAGGAGGUGUUUGCCCACCGGUGCUUGUUGGCCUGUAGAUGCAACUUCUUCCAACGACUUCUGGGCCCAAAGCUGGGCCCUGGGAUGCCUAGCCCCGUGGUGCUAAGCACAGUGCCAGUGGAGGCCUUCCUGGCAGUGCUGGAGUUUCUGUACACCAACAGUGUCAGGCUGCACCGCCACUCUGUGCUGGAGGUGCUGACAGCGGCUGUGGAGUAUGGGCUGGAGGAACUGCGAGAGCUGUGCCUGGAGUUUGUGGUGAAAGUGCUGGAUGUGGAGCUGGUUUGUGAGGCUUUGCAGGUUGCCGUAACCUUUGGCCUGGGGCCGCUGCAGGAUUGUUGUAUAGCCUUCAUAGAGGCCCACAGCCAGGAGGCGCUCCGGACCCGCGGCUUCUUGGAGCUGUCUGCGCCCGCGUUGCUGCCCCUGCUGCGCAGCGACAAGCUCUGCGUGGACGAGGCUGAGCUGGUCCUGGCUGCCCGGAGCUGGGCGCGCGUGGGCGCGGCCGUGCUGGAGCGGCCUGUGGCGGAGGUGGCGGCCCCGGUGGUGCGGGAGCUGAGACUGGCCUUACUGGCCCCGGCGGAGCUGAGCGCCCUGGAAGAGCAGAAUCAGCGGGAGCCGCUCAUCCCGGUGGAGCAGAUCGUAGAGGCGUGGAAGUGCCACGCUCUGCGGAGAGGGGAUGCAGCCCGGGGCGCCCCGUGCCGCCGCCGAAGGGGAACCCUGCCCCGGGAGCAUCACUGCUUUCUGGACCUGUCCUUUAAGUGA